AGAGACGAUGGGCGGGAUGGGGGUAAGGGCGGUUUGGUGAUGGGCGGUUCGGUAGGGAAAGGAGACAUUGAUGUCGGCAGAGAGACUCCAGAAGCAGGAGGAGCAGUAGGAGCAGGAGGAGCGGCAGGGGCAGGGGCAGGAGCAGACAAGGUCUCACAAAGGUGCAAUGGCUUGUUGCUUCCCCUUGCUGCGUCGCACCCACACUCCCUACAUCAUCACCGUCAUAACAGUCACCGCCAUCUGCUGACAUCAGCAGUCCACAUGGACUUGCAGCGGUGGAUCCUACUGGACGGCUCCAACCUUCUCUUCCUACGUGUCACCCUCCAGGCCCUGCGCCUGCUGCCCCUUGCCACGUCCGGCUACCCUCCCUUGCUGCAUCUGCUGCUCUCUGCCGCUGAUCCGCCUACCAUUGCUUCUCUGCAGUCUGCACUUCUCUUGGGAGAGCUCUCUGUAUUCAAGAUCAGGCCCUCCUCUGUGCGGAGGAAGACUGAGAUCUCUGGACUUGGGACGAGUAAGGAGCCGAUGGAAGGAAACCAGCAGCAGAAUCAACAGGAUGAGCGGGGGUGGUGGCGGCAGCAGCAGCAGCAGCAGUUGUGGGUGUCGUUGGUUGGAGACAGUUGGUCGUGGGACGGACCGGAGCAGCAGUGGUUGUGGCAACUAGCAGCUGCUGAGGCUGCUGGUUGGGGGUUCCCUAGCAAAGGGCAUGUGGGAGACGAAAAGGAGGGCCAUUCGAAAAAAGAGGAGAAGCAGCAGGAGCAGGAACAGGAACAGGAGGAGGAUGUGCAGAAUCUUCCGCUACUUCUGCUACAAGCUAGUGCUGCUGCUGCUGCUGCUUCUGCCAGCAGCAACCCUUCUGCUGGUGACAUCACUGCCCUGGGUGGUGGGAAUGUUGAUGACAGCAGCACUCCCAGUAACAAGCCUGCUGCCUCUGCUGCCAGGCACAGCACAUGGGAAGGUCCAAGUUGUGAGGCACUCGCAGGGCUGGAGAUGCUCCUGCUGCAAGCAAGCCCAUCCCCCGCCCUCCUCUCCACACUCCUCUCCCUUCCUGCUGACCGCUUUGGCAGGCUGCCAUGCACUGUGCUGAGGGCAUGGGCGUUGAAGGACCCUGCUGGACUGUGCUCUCUUUUGAGAGAGCAAGGGCGGGUAUGGCUAGCCCAGAAUCAGCAGAACAGUGUUCUAGAAGGGGGGGGAACCGCCUCAGCAGGAAACCGCACAUGGGGAAGCGCUAAGAGCAGGAGUGGAAUCGCUUUGAGGUGUAACUUGCUUAGCCUGCUAACAGCUCUUGACAGAAUAGUGCAGACUGACUGUAGGGGGGAAAGGAGGAAAGGGGUUUACAUGGAGCUCUCAAAGUGCAUCAAGGAGCUGCUGUAAGGUUGAAUGUACAGUUGAGUUGUUAAGGAAAUAUAAUAAUGCAUCUCAUGAGCA